AUGGUUAUAUUUGAAAGAAAAGCAGACGAAUCUGGCUAUAUUGCAAUCAAUAUUGAAUGCAGAUUUACUUAUCGAGACCAUCAGACAACAUUAGAAAGUAAGGAGAUAUUGAAUAAAUAUAAAAAUAUGAAAAAGAAAUACCUUAUGCAUGUAAGAUAUUUAUGCAAUAGACUUAGAAGUGAAACUAAUGCAUGGGAAAAUGGAUCAUUUUACGAUAAAUCUUCUGUGGGAAAACUCAAAAUGACUGAAAAUGAUAUUUGUCUGGUUUUUGUAGUUUGGAGAGACUUAGACUUAGGAAUGCUCAGUCAUGAAGUAUUAAAUAAUAAAAAUAUAAUUAUUGUUGAUAGAGAACAUUUGAAAAAAAUUUACACUCCAUCACUUGUAUCACGACCACAAUUUUAUAGUCAAAUAUUUGAACAAAUCAAUAGUAUCAGAUAUGAAGACUGA